AUGCCUGGCGUGCAACAUCUUAUCGACUUCGUGCUGAACGAAGUCGCACUCUGCGGCAAUCAAGGCGCAACAUUAUCUGAUCUACUGCAAGCCAUUGAUGAUUUCCAUGCUCAAACUCCCGAAAUAAACCAAAAUAUUGACCAUCGUUUCAAAUCCAAAAUCUGGUCCUGGCUCACGACUAACCCAGAGGUGUCUAUUGGCCUGCACAAUAAAUGGAACCAUCUCACCUUGAGUGAAGCCGAGCAGCUUGACUCACGAAAAACGGAGCGCGAUGAUCCCGAGGUUAACCAGACCGCGGAUGAAACAUCCGAUUUACUGCCGCUUCGAAUCUUUGUCUCGGAAGAGAGAACCUGGGUUGCCAUCACUGGCCACCCACCAGAUGAGUCCAAGGUACUACCUCUUGAAUUUGUCUUACUGUCGGUGAUUGCUUCACGUCGGUCAAAGGGUAUUGUACAGCCUGAGCUGGUGAAGCUCAGUGGCCAGGACAAACGGUCUGUUCCGAAGCGUACCGAUGCUUUGCAGAGAAAGGGCUACAUUGACAAGCGACCCGUCCAAACAAAAACGGCCCGAACCAGUCUCUGCACGCUGCAACGAUUUUACCGCCACACCACCAGCGUUCAAACAAAGGAAGAACCGCAAUCGAAGAACAUGAUUGAUUUCGACAGCUUCAACACCAGAUUGUUCAACAUUCUCCGAGAGCACCAACUGAUUGCACGAAAUGAUUUGAAACAACUCCUGGGCUUUGAUGACCAUUGGCGUUGGAAAGUCUUGUCCCGUGCCCUCCGCAAGUGGGAGCGGAUAGGUGUGGUUCAACGUGUGAGAGCAGAAUCACAAUACGAAAGGAUGCAUCCUUGUGUGAAACUUUUACGAGAUCCCUCGGAGCAAGAUCUGGCCCUUUUCCAUGAAUUCAAUUUCGAUGUCUUGAACAAGCAUGGGGUGCGAUCCAAAGGACCCAGACUUACCCCAGACCUGGACCACGACAUGGAGGUGGAGGGCCCAAGCAAAAGAUCGCCGAGUCCGGAGGACGGUAGGAUGGAUCUGAUCAAAGAGCAUGUUGGAGAGUCUGCACGCAUCGUACCAUCUUGGACGCCGGAUCGUAAUCUCAACAACCAAAUCUUUGACAUCAUUCAAAGCACAGGCACAACAGGCAUAACGAACCAGGCAUGUGCCUUCCUCAAAAAAGUGAUGAUUUUCUUAGCUAACAAAAUACUCAAGGCCCUCAAUUGGACCUGCUUUGGGUCCUUUUACAAGAGACCUGCUGAAAGUAUGGUACAUAAAUUGGUCGACUUGUGGCAAGUAGCCCAACCACUUCAUCUCCGCCAUUAUGCCAUCGUUCGAGAUAUGGCAAUGAAAAAGACCAUUAUGUAUUAUGUCCACUAUUCGGCAAACAAUUUUGCAAAGCUUGUUGAAGCUGGCCAGGCAUCGUGGGAGGCCGUUGAGCUUCCAGCCAAGAAAGCCAAAUCGCUAAAGAUCGUGGCACCGCCCUUUGGUGUUCUUCCUCAGCUUGAUGAGUAUGGGUUCCUCAAAAAGGAAUUCCCAAAGAAUAUGUUGAAGGAUCCAAAUUCAACUCUACUCGACGGUAUCCUGGCUGUCAAACCCCCCAACUAUCUUCUUUCUUCAAGCGACCCGUUUGUUGUUGAACUUCCAAACGGUCAACAUGUGAUCCGUACACGUACUGAUAAACUCCCGCCUGGCUCUAAGCAGCAGUAUGAGCCCCGUUUCAAACCUAAAGGACGACCGAAAGGCACACUGAACCGCGCGACUCUGGAAAAGCGAGCCAGAGAAUCCAAAGCCAAAGAAUCUGGCGCUAGAGAACCCGAAGCUAGCGGAUCCGAACCCAGAGAAUCUCAAGCGAUGGAAUCACAGAUUGAGCCCAAGGCGGAGGAAAUCCAAGGUUAUGGCUGGGAAUAUGUCGGGGAAUCCCCGCGAGCCAAAAGAGCCAAGAUUAAGCAUGACAGCCUUAGGGGAUUAUCAAAGCAAGAGAAGUUCGAAGCACUUGGCAUGGAUGAGAGUUGGACCGAAUAUAAAGCUCUUGUCAUGGAUAAGCCUGCUCCUGGUGUCUACGUGACUCCUCACGGCCGAAGAAGACCAGCCGGCAAAGCCCGAGGUCGCCCGAGACAGAGUCGAAUUGCGAUCUUCAAAUCGCCAAAAUUAACGUCAAUGCCUUGGUUUGUCAAGGAUAAAGAUGACUCAAGUGAUGAUGACAAGGUAUUGGAUGCUGCUAGCACUACUCGAGCGUCCGAGAGCCUUGCCCCUGAAACUGCACCUUCAGUUAUCAACUCCGAGGGGCCCGCCAUGACCCCCACCCCGACAGCUUCGAGGCCAGCCAAGAGAACUCUACCUGACCAGUCAGUGGACUCAUCCACACCAUCAUUGGACUUCAAGGCCAUUGACCAGAAAAUUGGGAGACCCCCCAAACGAUCUCGGCUUCAAAAGGCUCAAAAUGAUCCCUCGGAGGAUGCCGACGAGACAUUGCCCGAGGCUACAGUUCCAGCACCACAAGAGGGCUCAAUCGCAGCGAGUACACCACGACAUCGCGACAAGAGUGCGAGCGUUCAUCUACUCGAGGACGAACAAGCCGGGACCCCAUCAAAGCGACGCCGGGUAGCAUCCUCCGAUCGCAGCACUCUACAAUCCCCGACACCCCGUCCAUCUGUUGUUCCGACACCACGAUCAGGCCCACUGCCCCCCCCAGAAAUUCCAUUUCGGCACUAA